UGAAGCGACAAUGAAUCACGCGUUCCCAAAGCUAAUCUAAAAGCUUUUUUACCGAAUUACAUAAUAAAUAAACAUGUGGUGUCAGCUAAUUCAAACUUAGACUACCACUUUACGCGAGUUACUUCGAAAAUUCUUCUUCAACGAUAUGACAGACAUUUCCGUGAAUGAAUGAAACUUGAAAAAGGGAUUACAUAUAUGUAUGAAACCUUCAUUGCCGCAGUUAACCCGUAGGUGUGUCGAAUAUCUUGAACGAAGUUUGUUAGAUUUUAGCGGAGUUUUUGUCAAAUAGAAGUUGCGCUUUCACGAUGUCUAAGUCUAAUAUGCGAAAAGACCAAAACGAAAACAACCCCUGUCUUCGGGAACAAGAAAUCAGUUUAAAAUGUUUGGAGCAAAACGGCUACGAUAAAGACAAAUGUGGCCUGCAAUUCUUAAAUUACAAACGCUGCAAAGUGUUUUGGACUCGAGUCAUCAGAGAUAGACAAAGUAGAGGCAUUUCUCCUGACCUUCCUCCGAUUGAAGAAAGAGCGCGUGCUAAGGAAGAGUAUUUGAAUAUAUUCGGUCUACACUAAGAUAUUUAGAAAAUUGUCAAAAUAUAUCAAAACAUUUUCUGUAUUAUAGUGUUGAUUCGCUGUAAAUUGUGUGUUUAUUUAUAGAUAGACCAUGUUUAAAUAGCUACACUUAUUUGAAAAAUUAUGAUAGCAUGACUGUAAUUCUACUUUUCUUGUGUUACUCUUUUGUCAAUUUGUUUCUAGACAGGUGAAAUUAUAAGUAAGACAAAGAAAAGCAUUUUAGGCUUCGCCGUUGCCCUCAAACCAACCUAAUAAAGUCCCGACUGACUUAGGGGCAGCGUCAAACACACACAACCAUCGACACUCUGAUUUCAGCAUUGCGACGGCGUGUCAGAAUCAAUACGAUCGUAUAUUUCAAGAUUUGUUCAGAAAGUUCGACCUUAUUUCAUUGCUGUUUGUCUAACGAGGAAACUAAAAAUCUGCAUUGAAAAUGAAGACUUAAAGCCGUUUUGUUCUAUUGUUAGUUUUAUUACUAACUUUAAUAAUCUAUUAUUUCUCCGUUUCAUUGAUUAGUAUUGAUAUUCGUAUUAUUAUUAUUAUAUUUCGUGAUUACCAUCGUCUUUCUGCAACCUCUCACUGCUAGCUUAUGAUCUUUCAUUUCCACCGCAAACUCCCGGUUUUUGAGAAUCAUAUUGACUAUUUCAGCACACAGCCCUCAUUUAAACAUUGGUUGUCUCAAUAUUCUUAUUUCUAUAUAUAUUUAUUAUAUUUUCAUCGUCAUGAUUCAUGUUUUUCUUAUAUUAUUUGCACAAAUCAAUUAAUCUCUCUUAUCUAACAGUUUCUACUCAGUAGUUCGCAACGCUUUUCCCUGUAUUUGCCUGUUUUUUUUAAUUUUUGAAAUGAUUUGUGGUUUUUCGUAACUUUUUUUCUUUGGUUGGAUCGUGUGUAUGUGUUGCUUUUAUGCCUUGAUGACGGCUCUAAUCUUCUUAAUUUUACUACUUUAUGUGUUGAAUUAUUUGAUCUAACCUAUUAAGCUUCUUGUUUAUGCUCUUCGUAUAUCUAACUGCUCGUUCACUUUCCUCUCACAGCGCUGUUCUUUUUGUACAAGGUAGACAACGGCUGUUAUUUUUGUUUUUAUAUUUUAUAUUCUAUUAUCCGACAUUAGCUAUUACCGGACGAACUAUUUGAGUGAAACGAACAGAAAAUAUCAUAUUAUUUAUUAUAUUACUACUAUGAAAUGAACUUUAUAAUAUAACCAACCGGAUUUGCUUUCAUACCUCCUUUAAACCACUCAAUAGAUGGCAGAUGACAGCAGCGAGAAAUCAUUUAUAUAUAUAUAUACACGGCGUGUGCCACCAAUAUAUUUAAUUCUAGCUUUUUCCGGUGUUAGUACUAUAUAAGGAUGAGGUGUCGCUCGAAUAAAUCGUAUCUAUGCUGGUAUCAAUGCGCCGUUACAACGAUGGGUGAGGGCGAGAGCAGAGCGAAUCGUCAAAAAAGCUAAUCAAUUCAAGAAUAGUUGAGGUGGUCGGCCAAGAUUCAAGGCUGCGGUCUGUGUUGGAGCGUUUGACAGAGUAUGAAGGGAGUCUCGUGA